UUUGGCAAUAGGUGUGAUGACGGAGGCGACUACAGUAUAUGAACCCGCGCGAGGCUGAUGCUCGGUUAGUUGGCUGCUGAAUUUUGACGCAGGAGGAGCAACACGACUCACAAGAGGAACAAUGUCUUUGUUAACAGUGUGUGCAGUGGUGCUGAUUUCGGUGCUUUCAGUCCAGGGAUGGCCGGGUGGAGCCCCAAGUAACAUCUGCUUUGAGGGUUACGUGCCCAACCACGGGAACACCGUUGGAAUUACAAACAACAAUUACAAGAUAGAAAUAAAAAGACUUACAAAUAAUAAUUUUGGAGUUGAACUAAGUCAUCCUACCAACUCGCUCUUUAGAGGGUUUCUUAUCUACCCUGUUGACAUUACUGAAACCCCUAUUGGGGGCGGCGAGUUUACCAACCUCGACACCAACACCAAAAAUUUUUCUUGCAAUGGGGUCAGCCUAAUCACCCACACAAACAAUUCGUUGAAGCAGACGGUCUUGGCUGAAUACAAAACCACCACCACUGAACCAGCUGGCUUCAAAGCCGUGGUGGUGAUAACCGACCACGAGGACUAUUACAUUCUCUCAUCCCUAAAUCAAUAAAUACAGCAAGGAUGGAUCCCUAAAUACAGCAAGAAUGGAUCCCUAAAUACAGCAAGGAUGGAUCCCUAAAUACAGCAAGAUGGAUCCCUAAAUACAGCAAGGAUGGAUCCCUAAAUACAGCAAGGAUGGAUCCCUAAAUACAGCAAGGAUGGAUCCCUAAAUACAGCAAGAAUGGAUCCCUAAAUACAGCAAGAAUGGAUCCCUAAAUACAGCAAGAAUGGAUCCCUAAAUACAACAAGGAUGAUGGAUCCCUAAAUACAGCAAGAAUGGAUCCCUAAAUACAGCAAGAAUGGAUCCCUAAAUACAGCAAGGAUGGAUCCCUAAAUACAGCAAGGAUGGAUCCCUAAAUACAACAAGGAUGUAUCCCUAAAUACAGCAAGGAUGGAUCCCUAAAUACAGCAAGAAUGGAUCCCUAAAUACAGCAAGAAUGGAUCCCUAAAUACAGCAAGGAUGGAUCCCUAAAUACAGCAAGGAUGGAUCCCUAAAUACAGCAAGAAUGGAUCCCUAAAUACAACAAG